AUGGUAUUACUCUCGAUCAAACCGCGAUUACAAAAAGAAAAGUGGUCUUUAUAUUGGAAGUGUUCGAUGGCGACGCGAACGAUGUAUUUGGACGAGUUCGAUUUGGACGUGGACAUUGCGAAAACGACGGCGAGGGAGUUGAAAAAAAUGAUCGCCGAGAGGGUUGGUUUGCCGCCGGUCGCGGAGUUGUUUCGGUUGGAAGGGUUUCAAGAGCCGUGGGAGUUAAUGUGCGCACAGCUCGUCGUUGGUUCUCUCUUUCUUUUCCGUUGGUUUUUUACGUCGUUCGUUCGUUCGUUGAGGUAUUUCGUGCGUUUUUUCCUCGAACUGACAAACUCUUUCUCUUUUUCUUGUCAUGAUAAAAAAGUCAAUACAAAGGCGUGGAACUCCAGGCGGAUAAACCGCUGA